ACUCACCCACCAAACAGUAUGUUAUGUGCAUAUCCUCUCUCUCUCUCCUUUUCUCUUUCUCUCUCUCUUUCUCUCCAACAAAUGUUUCUAUUUUCUUACUCCAAACAAGCAUCUCACCACCACCACCGCCUACUCCCACUCCUGUCUACUCCUACUCAUCAUCAUCCCUUACCUUUCUUUCUUUAUGGGACACCGUAAUUGAGUCUUCACUCUUUUCCAUCAGCCAUUUGAGCUUCAAAAAGAAGCUCCUUUAAUUCAUUGCUAAUUAUUAUCAUUACAACUACUUUGCUGCUAUCAUAUCAUAAUCAUAAUAAUAAACGCACAUGAUGGAGAAGCUGGUGGUGGAAGUACUUGAUGCCAGUGACCUUAAGCCCAAAGAUGGAGAAGGCUCAGCAAGCCCUUUUGUGGAAAUAUCUUUUGAUGACCAACACCAGAAAACUCAAACCAAGCACAAGGACCUCAAUCCUCAAUGGAAUGAGAAGCUUCUCUUCAAUAUCAAUGAUCCAAGAGAUCUCCCUAACAAGACCAUUGAAGCCGUCGUUUACAAUGAUCAGAAAGCCGGCCACCACAAGAAGUUCCUCGGAAGGGUGAGAAUUUCCGGCGACACUGUUCCGUUAUCGGAGUCUGAGGCCGGCGUACAGCGCUACCCGCUCGACAAGCGCGGCAUCUUCUCCAAUAUCAAAGGAGAGAUCGCUCUUAGAAUUUAUGCAAUUCAUGAUCCCUCUCCUCCUCCUCCACCUGCCCCGCAACCGCAACCGCAACCGCAACAGCAACAACACGGAGGUGGUGGUUUUGAAGCUGAAGCAGAUGAAGGGACUCCGUUGCAGGAAAUAAACACCAAUACGCUGGACGAGGAAAUUAUGGCGGGUGAUGCCGACAAGAAGAAGAACAGUAAGAAGAAAAAAGAGAAGGAAGUGAGAACUUUUCACUCCAUAGGAGCUGAGAAACCUACACCUACAGCUGCUCCGGCUCCGGCUCCUCCUCCUCAGCCGUCACCAGGAGUGGCGGUGAGGGCGGACUUUGCAAAAUCAGGUCCACCGAACGUGAUGCUGAUGCAGAUCCCAAAGCAGAACCCGGAAUAUUCCUUGGUGGAAACAAGUCCUCCUCUGGCAGCGCGAUUGCGGUACAAAGUAGGUGAUAAAAUAUCAACCACCUAUGAUCUGGUGGAACCGAUGCAUUAUUUGUAUGUCAAUGUGGUUAAGGCGAGAGAUCUUCCUGUGAUGGAUAUCACCGGAAGCCUUGAUCCUUAUGUAGAAGUCAAGCUUGGAAACUACAAAGGUGUUACAAAGCAUUUGGAGAAGAACCAGCACCCUGUUUGGAAGCAGAUUUUUGCGUUCUCCAAGGAAAGACUGCAAUCAAACUUGUUGGAAGUGACUGUGAAGGAUAAGGAUAUUGCAAAGGAUGAUUUUGUGGGGAGAGUUUUGUUUGAUCUGACCGAGGUUCCUCUUCGGGUGCCACCGGAUAGCCCGCUUGCUCCUCAGUGGUACAGAUUGGAAGACAAGAAAGGGUAUAAAGUGAACAAUGGCGAGAUCAUGCUCGCGGUUUGGAUGGGAACUCAGGCUGAUGAGUCUUUUCCGGAGGCCUGGCACUCUGAUGCUCACAAUGUAAGCCAUUCGAACCUUGCCAACACGCGUUCCAAGGUUUACUUCUCGCCCAAGCUUUACUACCUUAGACUUCAAGUAAUUGAGGCUCAGGAUCUUGUGCCUCAUGAUAAAGGAAGAGCUCCGGAGGCUGUUGUGAGGGUACAACUUGGGAAUCAGAUGAGAGCCACAAGGACUGGUCCAAGAGGGAUUAACCCAAUUUGGAAUGAUGAGCUUAUGUUUGUGGCAGCAGAGCCUUUUGAGGAUUUCAUCAUUGUCACGGUUGAAGACAGGGUAGGUCCAAACAGUAUGGAAAUAUUGGGUAGGGAGAUUAUAUCAGUGAGGAGUGUUCCGCCUCGGAACGAGACUAGCAAGCUCCCGGAUUCCCGCUGGCACAAUCUGCAUAGGCCUUCUCUUGUUGGUGAGGAAGAGACUGAGAAGAAGAAGGAGAAGUUUUCCAGCAAGAUUCAUCUCCGGUUGUGCCUUGAGGCCGGUUACCAUGUGCUUGAUGAGUCCACACCUUUCAGCAGCGACCUUCAGCCAUCCUCUAAGCAUUUAAGGAAGAAAAACAUUGGAAUUCUUGAACUUGGAAUACUGAGUGCCCGGAAUUUGCAUCCUAUGAAGGCCAAGGAGGGUAGGACUACUGACGCUUAUUGCGUGGCUAAGUAUGGCAAUAAAUGGGUUCGAACCAGAACGCUGCUCGAUACUCUAUCCCCUCGGUGGAAUGAGCAGUAUACAUGGGAAGUAUAUGAUCCCUGCACUGUGAUCACAGUAGGGGUUUUUGACAAUUGGCAUAUUAAUGGCGGUGGCGACGCCAGAGACCAGAGGAUUGGGAAGGUAAGAAUCCGGUUAUCAACCUUAGAAACUGAUAGAGUCUACACACACUAUUACCCUCUGCUGGUUCUGCAACCUAAUGGCCUGAAGAAGAAUGGAGAGCUUCACUUGGCAGUUAGGUUCACCUGCACAGCAUGGGUUAACAUGGUAGCCCAAUAUGGAAGGCCUUUACUUCCUAAAAUGCAUUAUGUCCAACCGAUACCUGUUAGGCACAUUGAUUGGCUCCGCCACCAGGCCAUGCAGAUUGUGGCGGCACGGCUUAGCAGGGCGGAGCCACCGCUCAGACGGGAAGCAGUCGAGUACAUGCUCGACGUGGAUUACCAUAUGUGGAGUCUCAGGAGAAGUAAAGCAAAUUUUUUCCGCAUAAUGUCACUCCUCUCGGGUGUUACCGCCGUGUGUAAAUGGCUUGAUGAUAUCUGCACUUGGAGAAACCCAGUGACAACUUGCCUUGUGCAUGUAUUGUUCUUGAUCCUGGUUUGCUACCCAGAGUUGAUAUUGCCAACCAUAUUUCUCUACCUAUUUGUGAUUGGGAUUUGGAAUUACCGGUUCAGGCCAAGGCAUCCUCCCCACAUGGAUGCAAGGCUUUCGCAGGCGGAGACUGCCCACCCAGACGAACUAGACGAGGAGUUCGACACAUUCCCAACCACAAAGCCUGCAGAUAUUGUGAGAAUGAGGUAUGACAGGCUGCGGAGUGUGGCGGGGAGAGUGCAGACUGUGGUUGGAGAUUUGGCCACUCAGGGAGAAAGAGCGCAGGCAAUCUUGAGCUGGCGAGACUCGAGGGCCACCGCUAUCUUCAUAAUCUUCUCCCUAAUCUGGGCUGUUUUCAUCUACGUAACUCCAUUCCAAGUGGUGGCAAUUCUUGUUGGCCUCUACAUGCUGCGCCAUCCACGCUUUAGGAGCAAGAUGCCAUCCGUUCCUGUUAAUUUCUUCAAGAGACUACCUUCCAAAUCAGAUAUGAUGCUAUACUGAUUUUCUGUUCCAUUUCUUUUUUACCCCUUUUGAUGGGGGAUUAUUGAAUUAUUAUGCACAAAUAUAUUUAUAUAUAUCUUUAUGAAUAUGAAUAAACAGCAAAGGAAACAAGGGGAAGAAGCCGAUGCGCUCUGCCCCAAUCCGUUUUGGUAGCAGAAUAACCAUUUCAUUAUGUUUAUGUAUGUAUAUUCGAAACUGUUAGUUUCAGCAAUGCAAAUAAAACUUUUCUCCCAUGAUUAAUUGCUUA